AUGACCGAGUGGGUCACGGCGCGAGCUCACUAUGAGGGAGAUAGUGCUAACGGCGCGAGCUCCAGUGCUUCAAGGAGAAAAAGGUUUCAGGGAGAGAGUGGUUUCAGCUACAAUGCUUCACGGCACGAGCUAGAGUUGUUGGUUGGCACUUUCUCUUCUUCCUUUAUCUCUGCAUAUCAUUUGCUUUCAAAACCUCUUCUUAGAGAUGAUGGAAGAAUCUACGUUUGUUCUCAGGACAACUUUUUUGCAUUUGAAAGCAACGGUACCAUUGCAUGGACCAUGCAUUUAGACUACAAAUGCAAUCUUGGUACUGCCCCAGUUCAUGGAGGUCAUGGCAAGAUAUACUUGGUUGUUGAUAACAGAAUAUUGGUGAUUAGUUAUGGAAACAUUGCAACUUCUGAGCCUGAAUCAAAAGUUUUCUUCGGUCCGGGACCAGGUCGUGUGGCAGAGGCUGAAAUUAUUGGGCUCUCAGUGAGCACAUUAGGCUCGACUAUUUAUAUCAAUGUCAAGAACAGAGGACUCUUUGCAUAUCAUUCACAUGGACGCUUGAUUUGGAGUGUGGGACCUGUGCUUUACCAGUUUGGUUACCGUCAAGGAUGCAGGAAAAAUCUUACAGAUUGUUACUUUGCUUCAGUUCCUAUCUCAAACACAGAAGGUGAACUCUAUUGUUUGUCAGUUCGUAGCCGUUACUUUAGAUGGAUUCAGGAUUUUAGUUCAUUAGACAAAAAUUUCACCAUCACUCCUGGAAACAAUGGUCAUCUGUUUGUAACAUUUCCAGCCAAGGCUCUUGUACUGGCUCUAGAUGUCUUUUCAGGUAAUGUCUUGUGGCAGAGAAGUAUUGGACCAUUAAGCAAAGUUGACUCUGCACCUGUAGUGGAUUCCAAUGGAUGGAUAUCUAUUGGUUCAUUGGAUGGAUUCCUAUACUCGUUUUCUCCAACCGGGGUUCUUAAGAAAUUCUCAAGAAUGAAUGCAGAAAACUCUAUGAUUCAAGUUGGUCCUUUUCUUGAUUGCUCAGGAUUUGCAAUCUACAGUUCACAGAUAGAGAUGGAAGGAAAAGUUAGCCGCACAAUUGGUGAAUACACUGUUGUUUCAGCAAUUAGACCAAAAGCCGCGUUAUUUACUGUGUUGGUUCCUGCAACUGGAUCAAUCUACUGGUCUGAAAGCUAUCCUGGUCAGAAGCUUGCAUCAAGCUGCUCUCAAGAAAGAACCAAGCUUGUCAGCAUCUACACAGGUAACGAAAGGGCAAUAGUCUUGUUUCUGCUCUUUGAGUCUGCUCUCUUGUUGGUACUAAUAGGGCUUGUAAGAUUCUGCUGUACAUUCUGGGCAAAAGAGAAGCUUAAAGAUCAAGGCCUUGGAAGCUUCCUUGACAAGAGAUGCUCUCUUCGGCUCAAAAAGAAAGCUUUGGAUAGGACAAUCACAGAGCUUGAGCAAAAAGUAGCAGAGGAAACAGUGGACAAUGAAGUUUUUGAGAAGUUGGGUGAUAUAGUAAGAGAAAGGGAAUGCAUAGAGAGGAAGCUCUCAACCACCUAUAGUUUGGGAAGGGACAGGACUCACUCAAGACCCAAAUCUGUGCUUCCUGUGCAAAUGGGAAAAGCAAAAAGCUACUCAUUUCAGGAUGCAAAGCAAAAGAAUGUGACAAUGUUCAACACAUUGAGUGAUACAUCUUCCGGUGAAAUCAGCUCUGAAGGGGAGACUAACAAGGAAACCUAUAGUGGAUGA